GUGAUUUCUUCUCAGUCGACGGUGGUGUUUUUCGAGGGGCUGCCUUGUCGUUGACAAACAGGCAGUUCGUCUUCUCAACCCAGAACUCCUGGUUUAUAUUGCAAGUGCCAGCCUGAAGUGAUUUCUAGGGGGAAAACGGUGAAGAUGUCCUCAACUGAGACAGAACGAUUUCCUGCAGGCCCUCAACUCAAGUGUCGUCCAGCCUUGUGGCUCGGGACACCAGCACUGCAAGCAAAUAAAAGUCACAUGACGAUGACGUCAUGGGAAAUUUUGUGACCCCAACUCUUGCGGAGGGUCGGACUGAUAUUAGACGUAACUGGAAGCGCAUUACUCAAAGGAGCGGUAGCAGCACUUUUUCCCCUGCAGAGAGGUGCAGUUUUUCUGACGGUGACGAGCGGUUAAAUUUCGAUCCUAAUCACAUUGUCAUCGAUCAGCUUGCGCGUGUUUCUUUGAUAUUCCUGGAAAAACCUGGACAGACUUCUAUUUAGCACCACAGGCUGUGCUCAGAAAGGAGGAGCGUUAGUAAGGGCAGAAAAAAAUUAGGACCAUUCUUCUCCCUUUCCCGCGAAAAAGCUACAAAGCUUCAUUCUAGUUGCUCGUUCUAUUUUAAAAAAUACGCCUGCCCAUGUGCUCCACAGUUCGUUCAAUGCGCUUUACAACCCGAUCAUUUUCGUCCCAUUCAAGAUAAUACAGAAAGUGAAACUAUUUAUCUCGUAAUUCAAUGACAGAAAGGUUCAAGCGAUUUCACUAUAGUAACGGUCACUUUGCCCUUAUUUAUGUUGCAUUAUAUUAGAAGCGCUUGUGUAUUAGAAAAGUUCUUGAAGGCCUUAGCACUCAGCCAAAGUAACUUAAAGCUGCGUGACAUUUCUUACUGCAUAGAACAAAGAUAUUAUCUUUGACUUAUCUGUGCUGACUGUUAAACAGACAUCGUCUUAUUGGGCGGUGAGAUAGAACAGUGAAUUAGAUGUGAAUUAGAGUGUAAAGCCUGCCUCAGUUCAAAGAACGACACGUAGACAAAAAAUGGCUUCCGAAUCCAAACCCAAAGGAUAUUUGUGGGUGUUCCGGGCUGGAAUCGGUUUCAUCCUCCUCGCUGCCUUGCUCUUCUUGCUUGGAUUUUGCACGACCAACUGGCACGAUGAUGACGUCACGUCUUGGGGCUUGUGGGAAAAGUGUGAGGGCGCUUCCUGCUCGUCCAUCACUUCAGACAGUUUACCAGCGUAUCACAUCGCCACACAAGCCUUCCAAGUCAUCGCCCUAGUGCUGUACAUUGUCUCUCCUAUCGCCCAUUUCUUCUUUUUCUGCUCCAAUAAAGAUAACUCAACGUCAUGGAAGACUCGCAUCUUUGAUGUGGGCUACGCUUUAGGAGCUGCCUUCCACUUAUCCAGCAUCCCUCUCUUCGGCCUGGAGCACCCGACGUCAUCAACCCUGUCCUGGUCCUUCAACAUGUCUGCUGCGUCAGUAGCCAUAGGUGUAGUCGGUAUCAUCCUGGUCAUCAUCUCCAGAAGAAAAGCGAUGAAGAACUUUGGCUUCCGAAAGCCCAACAGGAUCGGAGCUAGAGCUUCACUGGUGGGCUUUGCCGGCGGUAGUAGGACCGGGGGUCGUUCGUCCCCUGGUGGGAGCUCUGGCAAAAACAGUAAGUCAAACACCCCUCGGGGGUCAACACAUGACUCAAGAUGGGCUCAGGGCGGAGGAGGGAGGGGCCGCAAUCUCCCGCCGUCGCCGCUCGUGCGAGAUUCUUCCUACCCCCCACCACCGCCUGGUCCAUCGCCUUUCGCGACAUAUACCUCCGGCGCGCCGUAUCCUAAAGGCUACGGGCAACAAGCCGUUCCAAGGAACGCAAUACACCAAGGUGGCAUUCAUCGGGGCAUUCAUCCAGGAGUCGAAACAUAUCCUCCUCCUCCACAACCCCAUCCUUCUCACUAUCAGACUCCUCAUCCACCUCCGGGUAUGAACGCAGCCAAUCCAGCCUACCCGCCUUCGGGUCCCAUCACUCAGGGAUAUAUGAGUAACCCUCAAGCAAUGUCUCAGGGUCCGCAGCAUUUCGCACCGCCCUCGACCUCCUCCAGUUACCCGUCACCAGAACAGCCGUCGGCGCCUAUCGAUGACGGAUCAUAUCCACCUUCGUAUUCCGAGGUAGUAGGGGGUGACCACAACACAGCGGAAAAACAAUAAGGUCGAGACCAAACAACAAUAUUGGCUGAUUAACGUUCUCUAACAUGUGGACAGGAUUCUGCUCAAAAUGGUUCACCAGAUUUCAAAUGAGAAAACUUCACUACCUACCAAUCGUGCCAUAUGAAGGCAAGCAUUGUGUUGAAGGAUAAUUUUUUUCUAGUUUCAUUUAUUACCCCACUUCCGUUCCAGGGGACCCGCUAUUUUCUGGUGCAACAUGAAACCCGCUGAUAUAACAUUGGUGCAAUUAGUAUCGCUCUUUUCGUCGUUGGGCGGAUUUCAGAGAGUCAGACUUGGCUCUGCUCAUUAACUUGUAAUAUAAUAUCCAAGACAGGGCGCUCAGACAUAAUUCCGGUUGGCUUGGGAAUGCACCAUUUGACUCAAUUUGGAACCAAAUGAAGGAAAAGGGGUUGGGGGGAGGGGGUGCGCAUACGCACUCAACUAUAGCGAGAUUGUGUUUUGUCCUUCAUCGCACAUGGUACCCACGUUUCAAUUGUUUAUAGAGAACAAAGAAAACGGCGGUCAUGACAGUGCAUAGUCUAGGAUAUAAUUCAAGUCGAUUGUUUCGCCGCACUCUUCGAUCCCACACGGCAACCCUCUAAACCCCAGAGCUGGCGAGAUGGGAGAUCUUCCCAUGAGGAUACGUCUAAAUAUAGUGUUCUCGGACCAUUAACUCAAGGCUAACAACUUUGGGGGGAGCUCAAAACUAGAACCAUUUCUGUUGAGGGGAACUAAAUAAUGAACACGCUAUACUGUCUUCUGUGGCGCAGUAGGUUAUGGCCUUGACCUGCAACGCGGAUGUUCGAUGUUCGAUGUUCCGAUUUGAAUGGGGAUCAAAAUAAUCUUUGCUUACAUUCAGAAACAGUUUCUGUCAACCUGAACUCCUGUCGUUCUACUUUCGAAAUGGCUUACAAUAAUGUUGAGUAGGGCGUUAAACUUUAGGGUUAACUGCAAACGACGGAAUAAGCGAGCGCGAGCCUUUUCUGUGCCUGUUGCUUAAAUCAGCUGCACAAAUUUCAUCGAACAUUUAUGAGGCGAAGGACAAACUAAAGAUAGCUUCUGUAUUUUAAAAAAAAAUGCAUCAAAGACCCCAGUGUUCCAGCAACAAUGGAUAACAUUAUUAUUUGAAAUUGGUGGUUUAUUUGGUUAACCUUGAAUAAUGUCUUUCAAAAAGUCAAAGUCCGAUCAAUAAGAUGUAAUACGGGGUGCCCACAACGGAUGGGAUCGGUCUGAGCCUACACACUAUCUCUGUGGGCCUAGGGAUCGGUGGAUCGGGCCGAUCGCCCGACUCGGUCGCCUAAAAAACAAGCGUGUUUGUUUUCCAUUUCAGGCGACCGAGUCGGGCAAUCGGCCGAUCCAGCCGUAAUGGGCACCCCUUAUAUAAUGUCAGUGAAAAUGUUAUUUUGGUCCAAAUUCAGAUUACCACCUGGAUAAGCUGGAAGCAUAAUAUAUCCCAGUUUAUGAGGCGUUAAUUCUAUGUUCAAAAAUACUCGUACCAAGCAGCAAUACUUGUAGGCCUACGCCUUUAACUAGAAACCAUAAUAUCAGAAGCUUUGCUGCUGGUUUUUUUAAGUUUUAAAAAAGGAGAGGGGGGGGAGGGGGUAUUUUUGACAAGAUAUUCUUUUUUAAAACAGAUUAAAUUUUAAAUCCUUUUUGUGGGGAAAGAACAGAGACUUUUACAUUAAGGCGGGAACUGAACGGUGUUAAAAGAAAAGGCUAAAGUGAAGGCAUUAUAUUCACUAUAUUUAUUAGAUGAUCACAAAAUAUUAUUGGUGUAACUUCACUGUGUGAUUUUGAGAGUGUUCUCAGCAGGCGUGCAGCGUACUAUAUAGCCUAUUGCUAAAUAAUGCAUUUUAUAAAAUGUAUUUGUUAUACUUGAAAUGCGGCACUUUGCAAUGCAAAUGAGAUAAUAAUAUAAUUACAAUGUUGCUACAUCAGGGAUAAAAACCAUGGAGCUGUUGUAUGUGAGAUUUGAGGGAGGGGACAAAUACAUUUUUUCUUAAAUCACCAUGACAGAUGUUAAUAAUGAUGUGAAUAGCAGACAUAAUCUAGACUGUGUGAUCCUUUUCCUACCUGCUGUCCGGUAGUUAUACUAGAGGCGUUAUGCUAUUUAGAAA